AUGGACUCCCUCCACGAGGCUGAGUUACAAAUCGAGGCCAUCCUAGACGAGGUUGAGUUAUCUCCACCACAGCGGAUUCCGACUUUGGCCGAGCCACAGAUUCGUGAUUUUGGGGCCUCACUUCCAAGCAACAUCGAUGAAGUACGGUCCUUGCUCGUCCAAGAACGAACCAGCGAGCCUGGCUACCGGCAACCCGGCCAGCAGAAACGGCAUAUUUUCAGGUCGAAGAAGAGCAAAGAGGCAAAAUGCAAUACAGUCAAUUGGACUUUCACUAAGCAUGAGGUCGCAAAGGCAUUUGAUGAUCUCCUGUCUAGCACGCCGCUCCCAGCGCCUGGUAUUGCGCAAGCUCUGCUGUCUCAAGCAUGCGUAGCCUCUUUGGAGGAGCUAUGGUGUCACUUCUACGAUCCACAGUUGGAGAAGAGAACGGCAAGCCGCUCCAAAAUCCCUAAGCCUCCCGCGCUGCCUAAGUCCAUAUCUUCCAUUACGUGGCUGGACGAGGUUUGUGGCCAAGAAAACCUUGAAUACAUCCGUUUGAUGUGCCAGGCUGGGUUGGACCAGGCUGCAUUGGACAGGGCAUUCGGAAUUGUACUGUCGAAGCACUCAAUGGAGGCAAUGGAGGUGCUUCUCAGCUUUGGUGCGGUUGCUUCUACUGCCUGCCGAGAUGCUAUCCAAGAACGCGUCAAGCUUCGUGAUGUUGCUUUGGUGAGGCUUCUGUUGUCUGCUCCAAACGCGAUGAGCGUCGAGGCCUGGCGGGGUUGCUUGGAGGCGGAAGUUCAGAGCUUGGAUGACGGAUGGAUACGAUCUCUCGAACCCCUCCUACUGUGCCUCGCUCACCGUCCCCAGGUGGCUUGCACGCAUCUGCUCCACAAAGCACUGGAACUACAGAAUCUCCCGGCCACGGCAAUCAUGCUCGCUUACGGGUGGGGGAAGCACCUUUUUGGAAAUGUCUUCGACCCCUACGUUCGCCAGCUCACAUGCGAAAUUGCUUCCCGUAUUCAGGACGACAUCCGUAGGCACAAGUUUUUCACGGUGCUUGUUAAAGCUGAAUUCGUGGCGGACAGUCUGGUUCUUCGCGAAGAGUUGGUGAAGGACGUGAAAACUCGUCACCUCCCAUUGAUCAAACUCUUAGCUGAAGCUGGCGUCAUUGUGGACACGGAGCCCCAUAACGCACUCUACUGGGCAGUUUCGCGCAUGGAAUUUGACAUACUGGAGUUGUUCAAAAGUUGCAAGUUCACUUCGCCCAUCUCACUGGCACUGAAAUUCGUGCCCGACUCAACAUCAGAGCAGGAUAUGGUACGGCUCGUGGGAAUUUUGGGGCCGCUGGGACUGGCUGGCGAGGCGCUGGACUCGUACUUGAUUCGUGCAGUGGGAAGGCGGCGCCUUCAGCUCGUUGGCGCGUUAAUUCUCUAUGGCGCGUCGAUUGAGUUUGAACAAGCUUGCGUUAUACAGACAGCCCUAGAAAAUGCGGACCUCGACAUACUCAGCGUCCUUCUUCGGAACAAUUGCUCAGCGAAGCUCCUCUCGGCUACAAUACCCACCGCGAUGAUCUUAAAACCGAGACAUAUCCGACUACAGGCAAUGAAGGCUCUCGUCGAGAAAGGAGUACUGCCUCAAGAGCUCGGCAUUCCGCUACGGAGCCUGGUGUCUGAAGAAGGCGAUGUAGACUCUGAAUUAAUUCAGCUUCUACUUCAGCAUAAAGCACCCGUGGAUGGAGUUGGCGACAACGCCAACAAUGUUGUCUUGGUAGCCGCGCAGAGAGGCAACUUAUCGAUACUCAGAAUGCUAUGUGAUGCUAGCCACUGCCGAAACGAGACUUUGUCUUGGGCUGUUCCCGUCGCCUUCAGCGUGAUGGAUACUUACGGGUAUGAUGUGGCACAGAAUAUGAUCAAGCUAUUACUUCAAAAGGGGGCGGCUGGCCUACCAAUCCACCAGACCCUCCUGGCUGCAGCUAAGCAAUCCCGACUGGAUAUUGUACGCCUCUUGCUGAAACAUGGUGCUGACGCAAACUACGCGAGCGGCGCUUCCUUUGGCAUUGCGCUUACGACAUCGAAUUUCAAAUUGUUACAGAUACUAUGCGCAUCGUGUCCGCUUAAACGAGUGAGCAUUGAAUCUGGGUUCUUCGUGGCCCUCGAUCCACGGUAUUAUACCUCUGAGGCUCUGGAACUACUUCUUAGCUCCACCCGAUAUGCUGAUGCUGCGUUGAAUACUUUAUGGUCCUCUGAGAAGUUGAGAGGCAAUCCUAAUAUAACUACGAUUGUUCCGUGUCUCCUUCGACAUGGAUUGGAUGUCAACCUUAGAAACGGAGUCCUCCUCUCGUUCGCCAUCCGAGAAAAGAAUGUUCUUCUUCUCGUAAGGAUUCUCUCUGCAAACCCGAGCAUUACCUCGUUAAAAGCAGCAUUUCAUACAGCCACUUACGCCAACCCUAGGAGCUUGGAACUUGAUACUAUGGGGCUUCUUUUGGAGAAGGCGAAGUCGGCCGAGAUUGGGCAAUCAGAAUCUCUAUUGCAACAGAUACAUUCUGCAUUAUCUGGGGAUUUUGCAGGGCUUCGGCUCCUCCUUCGCCAUAAAGCAGUAGCUACUUCUUACACUUUCACCAAGGCAUGUCUUGCAACAGCAUCAUCUACGAUAAGUUGGAACGAAAAACAAGAAGUCUAUCAAUCUCUGCUUGCCCCUAGUGCUGGGGUAUUGACAGAGGACAUGUCAAAAUUACUUGCUCAUUCUGUUAUGAGCCUCCCAGAGUGCACGCAGCUGCCACAACUAUUAUUGGCAUAUGGCGCCGAAGUUAAAUUUGAAAGCCUCAAGGUAGCUCUGGAAACAUCUUCUCUCGAAUUGCUCGACGUGCUGGUUAGCAGCAUCAAGAGUGCCGACACAGUAGUGAGAACGUUCAAACAUGCCCGGCAAAUCACGAUGGCUUCAGAAAGGAGAUAUUGGAUUUAUCAACAUCUGUUGGCCAAAGGGAUCCCAAGCGAUGACGUUUCUGAGGCUCUCCUUGACUCGUUGAAGCUCCUUGACUCGUUGAAGGUUGUUGACCUCGGUGAUUUGUCUUUUCCGAAACUACUUCUCGAAAAUGGCGCCUCUCCCGGCUAUCAAAAAGGCGAACCGUUCUCCCUUGCCCUUCGAGCGAACUCCCCGAACUCUCUCGUGGCUGUGAGGCUUCUGACCCAAUACCUUGUCGACGACAACAUGGCCGCUGGUGCAUUUGAGGUUGUACGCAAGACUCCCUUGCCCAAAAAGCAUGCACGAGUGGAGAUCUAUCGUCUCUUGUUGGAAUGGAACAUCCGCAAAUCGUCCAUUUCUCAAGCUCUUGUAGAUAGCUUCAAGGGCGGCUGCCCCGAUAUUUCCUUUUUGCAAUUACUCUUGGCAAAGGGUGCCGACCCAAACAAAGACAAUGGCCACUGCUUUGCCGUAACUGCCAAAACGGGAGCGCUGGCCGAGUUUCGAGCUCUCAGUAGAUAUGCAAAGCGGCGAGUAGUUCUGAAAGUGCUUCUGAAAAAUUUCCAAGAGGAAUCGGAAAUCAUAGAGUGGUUUAAGGUGUGUCUUAAGGAACAACCCCGAUUGGAGAAAAUUGGCCAGGAUGAGUUAGUGUUCCAAUGUAUGCGAAAAUUCCCAGGAGGAACCAAGCUCUUGAAGGUUCUCCUUGACCAAGGGUUGUCUGCAUCAGCGAAAACGGAUCACUCCCUUUGCGCUAGCUGGAAGCCUGAACCAUGUACAGCCCUGAUCUGGGCUCUUUUUUCAAAGCCUAGGAUUGAGAACAAUGUCAUCCUCAUGCUCUUGUCUCGAGGAGAAGCAGCAUUCCCAGCGUAUUCGACGCCACUGACAAAGGUAUCUGCGGCUUUUGGCUGCCUCCUGGACAAAACGCGCAUUCCCAUCUUGAAAGCUUUGCUCGAUCUGGAUAGAGACCAAAUAUCAGAUUACGUGAUUCCUGGAUCCUCGUUUGGUCCCCUGGCUAUGUACCCACAGGUAUUCCAAAAGGACUCGGACCUAUUAGACCCUGCCGGCGAGCUCCUUCUGCCCGAAGCCUGUCUACACUUGGGCAACUUCGAAGCCUUUCGCCUCGUAGCGCGUGAGAUGACGCCGAACGACGGAAUGCUUCACCUCGCCGCGCUUCUGGCGCUGCCUAAAUUCGUCAAAUGGCUUCUAAAAUUUCAUGAUGCAAACCACAGAGCAGAAGAGUUCGACAACAUGGUGCCGCUUGCUUGUGUCUGCGCAUCGACGCCCCACCCUUGGUGUAAGAUCGCCAACGAAGAAUCGGACUGGAAGAACCGGCAGAAAGAUACAAUGCACCUCCUCGCUGGUGUAACCAGUGCAGAGUGGCGGUAUAGAAACAUGACGAUUCUCCAUUGGGCAAUGGAAAACGGGCUUGAGACGGCCAAGGCCAUGGUCAAGGCCCUAGAUAUCCGCCACGACCCACAGAGAGAUGAAAAGUAUCUCUACAUGGACCGAGACGGGAUAGAGUACUCGCCGCAGCAAUACGUAAUGAAAGUUUGGGACUCCGAUGAGAAAGAGAAGGAAGCCCUCAUUUCAUGCCUUGAAGCUGCCACAUUAAAGUCCCGCUACUUUAAAAGGAUACUACCCAGCAAAGGAGAGCAACCGCCGGGCUAUCACGGCUUGCCCCUUAGUUACGCUGACGUGUGGGAUGAGAAAAGGUUCGGGAAGAAGGUGAUGUAG